GUUGAUAAAAAAAGUUCUACAAACUUCAGUCAACGUAACUACCUACUUUGCCGACUCCUACACGAAAAGUAAACAGUUCACUUUUAUCUUAUUUCGUGUAUAAACGGUGUUAUCUAGCGUUGCUCUAAUUAUUAAAAUACCAGUGAUUCUACUGAAUACCGUAAAGUUAUCAGUCAAAAUUAUCACAAGAAAUACGAACAUAAAACUUUUCGGAAAUGUUGAAACACCUACUCCUCGCGUGUUUUCUAAUCGGCGUGGUUAACUCAUUAAAUUAUGAAGAAUAUUAUGAGGUAUUGGGGAUUUCAAAAGUAGCUUCAACAGGGGAGAUAAAACAAGCUUAUAAGAAACUUGCGGUUAAAUACCAUCCGGAUAAAAAUCCUACCGAAGAAGCUCACAAAAUGUUUGUAAAAAUAACAGAAGCUUACGAAGCAUUGAAAGAUCCAGAGAAGAGAUCUAACAAUGCAUAUAGUUUUAUGCACAAGCAACCAUUCUAUUCUGGGGAAGAGUAUGAUAGACUAUUACAUGAUGGCCUAUAUCAUAACGAUCCCUUCGUAGACAACUUGAACGAAGAUAAUUUCAACAACUACUUGAAGAAUGGAUUCUACUUCAUAAACUUCUAUUCACCAUUCUGCCCGCCUUGCCGUAAUUUAGCAAGCAGUUGGAAGAAGUUAGCAGAAGUGUACAAUGGAAUUGUUAAUAUAGCUGCUGUAAACUGUAAAAUUCAACCUCAGUUUUGUUUCAACCGAAUGCGUAUUCACAGUCAUCCGACACUUUUAUUUUAUCCUAACGGCAAAAGAGGCGGUGUCGUGUACUACAAUGGAGAUUUGAAACUGGAGGCUCUGGAGGAAUACAUAAUGAUGUUCCUACGCAACCAUAUGAACAUACCCACUAUAGACCAGCUUAGAAGCAAGGACAAACGCAUGGCGUACGUGCUAGGUUCCACUAUGAUUGAAAGGAAUGACCUCACUAGGAUCGCUUUUCAUUUGAAUGGCGUAGUAACCUUCGCUAUAGUAGAAGAUGAGGACCUUCGUAAAAAACUGACAUCCAAUGAACAUGCGACAGUUGUGUAUAAAUACAAGGAUGUUACCAAGGAAAUAGAAAGUGUGGAAGAAGAUGAAAUAGUAGACGAUAUCGUUCGUUAUUUACCCAAAGUUGAAGUUAUUGGGCCGGAGAAAUUUAAGAAAAUCAGAAACAGUUUGCGGUCAGGAUCACAAAAGACGUGGGCUUUCUUCUUUUCGACUAAAAACAAGAAUAGAUUACAGCUGCAUCAGAUGAUUAAUGCAUUCCCAGCUAUGAAUUUCGGUAAGUUCUAUGCACAACGAAAUAAUAAAAUUGUAGCUCAAUAUUAUUUAUGGUUAACAUGUUCAAAAUGA